AUGUUAUUAUUCAGAAAUUUAAAUAAAAUUAAUAAAAAUAAUUUAAUUUUAAAUAUUUCAAAAAAUAUUCAAAAAUCAUCUUCAUCAUUAUCAUAUUCAACAAAUGUUUUAAAUAAAACCAAUCAAGUUAAUAAUAAUAAUAUUGAAAAUGAAGAAAGUGAAGAUAUUAAUAAUGAAAAUUAUUUAAAACAUUAUAGUCAAUCAAGAGAACAAAUGAUGAAUGAUUAUAAAGAUAAAACUGGUAAAGAUAUUUAUGAAUCAAAAGCUAGACCAAUUACACACACAAUUAAAGAAUUUAGAAAACAAUUUAAAGAUCAAUUAGAAAAUGGCAGUAAAUUAACAGACAUUGAACAACCAAUCAUUUUAGCAGGCCGUGUUAAAUCAAUCCGUAUCUCAAGUAAUAAACUAGUAUUCAUUGAUAUUAAUUCAUCAUUAACAAAUCAAGAGAUUUCAUAUACUGAUAUUAUUCAACAGCAACAACAACCACAACAAAAUAGUGAUAGUAAUGAAAAUAGUCGUAUUAAAGGUGGUCAAUAUUCACUUCAAGUUAUGGCAGAUAAAAAAUUUUAUAAAAAUUCAUUAGAAUUUGAAAAUAUUAUAUUAAAUUUAAGAAGAGGUGAUAUUAUUGAAGUUAGUGGUUUACCAGCAAAAACUAAAGUUGGUGAAAUUUCAAUUAUACCAAUUGAAAUCAAUAUUUUAACACCAUGUGUUCGUCCAAUUCCACAGAAAUUAAUUGAUAAAGAAAUUCGUUAUAGAAAUCGUCCAUUGGAUUUCUUAGUUAAUCCAACAACUCAAAAACCAUUUUAUAUUAGAUCAAAAAUGAUUACUUAUCUUCGUAAAUUCUUGGUUGAAAAAGGUUAUUUAGAAGUUGAUACACCAAUUUUAUCAACAAAUGUUGGUGGUGCAAAUGCAAAACCAUUUAAAACUCAUUCAAAUUCUUUAAAUUUAGAUUUAUUUUUAAGAAUUUCACCAGAAUUAUUUUUAAAACAAUUAAUAAUUUCAGGAUUUGAUAAAGUUUUUGAAAUUGGUAAACAAUUUAGAAAUGAAGGCAUUGAUUUAACACAUAAUCCAGAAUUUACAACAUGUGAAUUUUAUCAAGCAUAUGCAGAUUAUGAAACAAUGAUGACAAUGACAGAGGAAUUAUUAAGUGGUAUGGUUUAUGAUACAUUGGGUAGUUAUGAGGUGGUGUUACCAUCGAAUCCAGAUAUUAAAAUUAAUUUUAAAGGACCAUAUCAAAGAAUUAAUUUCAUUGAUAAAAUUCAAGAACUUACUGGUAGACAAUUGCCAGAGGAUUUAGUAUCAUAUGAUUGUAUACCUGAAUUAUUGGAUAUUUGUAAUGAGAAUAAUAUAAGAUGUAAAGAACCAUAUACACCAACUAGAAUAUUGGAUGAAAUGGCAUCGACUCUAUUGGAACCAUUAUGCAUCCAACCAACAUUCAUCCAAGAUCAUCCAUUGGCAAUGUCACCAUUGGCAAAGAUACACCGUAAUUCAGCACAACGUACUGAAAGAUUCGAACUAUUCGUCGGUGGUAAAGAAUUGGUUAAUGCAUACAGUGAAUUAAAUGAUCCAAAAGAACAAAGAAAAAGAUUCCUCGCUCAAUCAAUGGAUCGUACAAGUGGUGAUGAAGAAGCUCAAAUACUUGAUGAAUCAUUUUGUAAUUCAUUAGAAUUAGCAUUACCACCAACUGGUGGUUGGGGUUUAGGUAUCGAUCGUUUAUGUAUGUUAUUCUCAAAUACAACUACAAUUAAAGAUGUUAUAUUAUUCCCAACUAUGAAACCAAUUAAUCAACAAAAACAAGAUAAUAAUCAACAACAACAACAACAACAAGAACAAGAUAAAAAAGUAUAA